UUUCUAGAGGACACUUUGCUUUCAUAAUGCUAUUUAACAGUAUAAAUAAGAGAGGGUGCUGCAGAGUAGUUCUGGUGAGGACAGCAGGAUCCUUGAAAGUUGCUGAUUUUAAUACAAGAAGAUGAAGACUGUAUUUUAUAUAUGUUUGCUUCUAGCUGGGCUUCAUGCUUUUGCCUAUGGUCAGCUUACAGCCAACCACCGCAAUGGACAUGAUCCAAAUGAACCUAAUGACCAUACGCAUCACAAUGCUGAAGCAGUUGCUUGCCUCAAACUAGUGCCAAACAAUGCUGACUUUGCAUUUAAAUUUCUAAAUGAGGUUGCGCUGGAAGAACCUAAUAAGAACAUUUUCUUCUCUCCUGUAAGCAUCUCCACUACCUUUGCAAUGCUGGCCCUGGGGGCUAGGUCAAUCACCAAGACUCAGAUCCUGGAAGGACUUGCCUUUAACCUUACAGAAAUUCAGGAGAAUGAGAUACAUGAAGGCUUCCACAAUCUCGUGCACAUGCUGAGCCAUCCCGAGAGUGGGGUACAGCUCAACAUGGGGAAUGCAAUCUUUCUAACAGAGAAGUUGAAACCACUAGAAAAGUUUUUAGAUGAUGCCAAACCUUUGUAUCAACUACAGGUUUUAGCUACUGACUUCAACAAUCCCACAGAGGCUGAGAAGGAGAUCAAUGAUUAUAUAGAGAAGAAAACACAAGGGAAGAUUACUAAUUUGGUUAAGGAAAUCGAUCCACAGACUGUAAUGCUCCUGGCUAGCUUUGUUUUCUUUAGAGGCAACUGGGAAAAAGCUUUUAAACCAGAGAACACUAAAGAAAGGGAGUUCUUCGUGGAUGCUGAAACUACUGUGAAAGUUCCUAUGAUGUAUCAGGUUGGCAAAUUUGACUUGUAUUUUGAUGAGGACCUGCCUUGCACCGUGGUACGUCUUCAUUACAAUGGAAGUGCUACUGCGUUUCUAGUUCUGCCAGCAGAAGGGAAAAUGAAGCAGUUAGAGCGAACUCUGGACAAGGAAAGAGUCAAGAAAUGGUCGGACAAUCUAUUCAAGAGCAAAAUACAGCUCUACUUCCCCAAAUUUUCUAUCUCUGGGAGCUAUGAAAUAACAAACAUACUUAACAAGAUGGGAAUUGUGGACGUGUUCACCAACCAGGCAGAUCUCUCUGGCAUCACUGGUGUCCCAGAGCUGAAGGUUUCUAAAGUUGUCCAUAAGGCUGCUCUGGAUGUUGAUGAGAGAGGUACUGAGGUAGCAGCAACAACUGCUCCUAAAAUAAUGGCUCUCACUCUUGCUCCGUCCAUUGAAUUCAACCGUCCCUUCCUGAUGCUGAUUUUUGACAGAGACACAAACAGUACUCUCUUCAUAGGAAAAAUAGCUAACCCAAGUACCACUAGCAGAAGUGAGAUAUGAACUCUAAUUAUUGUUACUAAUUAAAGAAGAUGUGAACUGCAUGAUGCUUAUUUCCAUUUGCACCAGCGUAAUGUACAGCUCUUUUUCAGCAGGAGUUUUUAUUCUUUGUCAUUAUCAAAAACUCUAGGUAUUGAUUGUGACACUUUCUUAGGAGGAAGUAUGAAAAACCUUUUCAAUUCUUCUACCCAAGAAUGACUUUCUUAUUUGCCUGAAAAAUAAGGAAAGACCUGCUACGAUUUGCAGUUCAUUGUCAGUUAGAAUAUCAGAUAAAACGAUUAACGCUUCUGCAACCAAAGCAUAAGCAGUUGUAAUUUACCAUAAAUACAUAAGCAAGUAAAUAAGAAAUGAGAAAAGCUGAAUCAACAACAUAGGGUCAUGGGAGACUGAAGCUUCCGUCAACACUGGGAACACAAGAAGUUGUUUUCAGUAGGAGAGAGAAUUCUCUUUUCUUCUCCAUAAAUCAUUUAUCACUUUUCGUGUUAAUCUAGCAGCAAAUAUUUGAAAUAUUUCUGGAAAACCUUCCUUCAGCCUGAGGACUUUCAAACAAGUAUUGUCUAUUUGACAUACUUAGCACAUACAACAACUAAUAGUUGACUCUUCACAUGUAUCCAUCAGUGGUCAGGAGAAUGUAGCUAGAUGAGAAGGUGAGGUAUUUGGCAUGUUGUCAGCUGAGAUAAUUAGGGUCUAGUGAAGUGCCAACCUUCCAUAGCUACCAAGGUAGCUAUGUAGGCAUCACCCCUUGAGCAGAUCCCCAGACCCAGGGAGUGGCGAUAGCCAACCACGAGAGUUAGAGCAGCCUGAGGACAGAAUGAUAACCUCUUUCAACAGACUUGCUUUGAAAAUGGGUAUAAGAAAGAGCACAGCUGACUCUAAACUACAACUGUAGUUUUGAAAGGAAGUGAAAUGGUAUCACCAUAUCAGGAAACACUGCAGGAGCAGCCAAACAGCUUGGGAUGCAAAAAGCUUCAGCCACAUGUUGAACAGUCUCUGUGAAAUUAGAGCAAGGGUGAUUUUCAGCCUGACACAGAUAAAGAUGACCAAAGCACUCUCUCUCCUUUACAACCAAAAGGAAAUUUCCCUUUCUGUUCUGUGUUUCUAAUAAAAAUUCUCCUGUUGACUGUCA